GUGUCUGAGUGAAUGUCGUUUUCAAGAGAAAUCCACUCUUAUCUGUACUUGAAUUGUCAACUUCUCAGUUCUCAUCACUUACUCUUCCUUCAUAGUUCGUUUAUUCUCCGUGUCUAACUAUAUAAACGCUCUUAAUAAUCCUUCUACUGCAUUGUUCUCACUUCUCAUUAUUACUUGAUAUAUAUAGUUGUUGUGGUGGUCAAUGGGAUCGAAGAGGAACACGGUGGUUUUCGAGGACUACUUCCCGGCAAUGGUGGAGAAACUGGGGACUGAAGGGUUCAUGAAGGAGCUGACAAAUGGGUUCCAGUUGUUGAUGGACAGAGAGAAGAAAGUGAUCACAUUUGAGAGCCUCAAGAGGAACUCUGCAUUGCUUGGGUUGGAAGGGAUGAGUGAUGAUGAGAUAAUGAGCAUGCUGAGAGAAGGUGAUCUUGAUGGAGAUGGUGCUCUUGAUGAGAUGGAGUUCUGCACGCUCAUGUUCAGGUUGAGCCCUGCUUUGAUGAAUAACUCUAAGCAACUUUUGGAGGAAGCCAUUUUUAGUGCUCAUUAGAAAACAACUCUUUUGAUUUUGCUCUUUCAGUUUCAGCUCCCUCUGUUGUGUUAUAAGCUUCUUAUUUCCCUAUAUUUUUCUGGGGCUGCUUCUGUACUUUGUAAUUGCAGAGUUGUAACUGAGUUUCUUCACUUUUCUUCACCAAUCAGACUUCAAUUUCCUGUGUCUUGCUGACAAAGCAAUCAAACAAGGUAGGUAAACACAUUAUUAACAUUUAAGAAUUUUAAACAUGGAAGCAACAACUUGGUCAGUGAGGCUUAUGCACGUCUAAAUCUUAGAUUUUAGAAAUUUAAAGUACUGAAAUUUCACUUGUUCAUACACAUUUACACUAGUUUUCUUGAAUAAAGAAUCACAAGUAUGGACCGAA